UAUAUAUUAUUGGUACUUUUGUCUCAAAUCCCUGUUUAGUACAGAACUGUGAUAAAAUCGUUUCCAACCAUGAAAGUUACUGCAUGGUCUAUCACAAACUGCUUAUGGCUUCACAACAUUGGACUCGUUCUAUGUUUGAGACUGCAAGUAGAAACACAACAAUAAUAAAAUUAGAAAGUCAAACAAAUCAUGCUAUCUAUAUUUAACAAGAACUCAAGGAAAACUAAGUGUAUCAGUGUUUAGAAAGCGUUUGAGAUACACUGCUUUAGUGAUGUACCGGGUGCCCUCCAAGUACUCCAUAAACAGAAUUAUAUUCCCAUAUUCUUGUUAAUCGCAUGUUAUCAACGAAACAUGAGUACGAACGUGGAGAACUUGAGCCAUGAGCAUCAAGAUAAUGCAGAAACUCAAGUUGGAACGGGCAAAGAUGUUUAUAUGGAAGAAAAAUCAGAUUCUGCUAAAACGUCCAACACGGAUAGAAAAACAGAAGUGUUGGAUAGACAAAACUCUCAAAAUGAUACAAAAUCACAUGUAAGAAGUUUAGACUCACCGGAUUAUCCCAGAAGACCACAAAAACGACCAACUAUCAGAAAUGAGUAUUGUCCACAGCGACCUUCCAACCCUUCCCGUAAUUAUGCUGCAAAUGAUUCCUACAAUCGCCCUCAAAAUAGGCGUGAAAAAGAUGUUGCUGACACCGUUCGCCAUCACUAUAAUGCUCGUCCCGAGAUGGGACUUCGAAACAGACGAUUUUCCCCAAUUAUUAACCUUAAACGGUUUAACAAUUGGAUUAAAAGUGUGCUAAUCAACAAAUUCACCCCAAAAAAAGACCUUGUUCUUGUGUUAGAUAUGGGCUGUGGAAAGGGCGGCGAUCUCAUUAAAUGGGACAAGGUCAAUGUAGACGGUUACGUUGGUAUUGACAUUGCUGAAAUUUCAGUCAAUCAAGCUCGUCGCAGAUACCAAAAUUUGGAUGCGUCUUUCGACGCGGUUUUCUAUUCUGGGGAUUGUUUUUCCACACCUAUUUACAAACUUCUUCCCCCAGACCAGCGUCGUUUUGAUAUUGUAAGCUUGCAGUUUUGUAUGCAUUACGCAUUUGAAUCUGAAGCUCUUGCAAGACAAAUGUUGGAAAAUGUAUCAAGCGUACUUCCUCGUGGAGGAAUUAUGGUUGGUACUAUACCUAGUUCAGAUCGUAUAUCUUACCGCGCUAGUAAGAUGGCACCUGGAACGCUACAAUUUGGCAAUGCCAUUUAUCACGUCCGCUUCGAAAGUCCGCCCAACCUUAGUUUCCGGCCACCAUUUGGAAACAAAUAUUUUUUCUAUUUAGAAGAUGCCGUUUCUGACGUCCCCGAGUUUGUCGUCCCUUUUGAGGCAUUUCGAGCGCUUGCAGAGGACUAUCAUUUAGAAAUGAUUUGGCAGAAGUCUUUCCGCGAAAUAUUUAUGGAAGAAAAGAAUUCAACUGAAUUCGGUCCAUUACUUGAGAGAAUGCAAGUGAUUGAUAAGAAUGGCAACCCCGGCAUCAACGGCCCCGAGAUGGAGGCUGCAGAUUUUUACUUGGCAUUCGCUUUUGAGAAACGCGGAGUAUAA